AUGACUUUCGACCUACAAAAAAUUGUUAGACCAAAAAUUUUUAAUCUAGAACCAUACCAUUGUGCUAGAGAUGAUUUCCAAGAUGGUGUCUUAUUAGACGCCAACGAAAAUGCUCAUGGUCCAACUCAACAGGGAUUAGAUGCCUCAAACUCAGAAUUACACAGAUACCCAGAUCCUCAUCAAUUAGAGUUCAAAACCGCAAUGGCAUCUUACAGAAACAAAACUAGUACAUAUAAAGCUGAGAAUUUGACCCCAUUAACUUCUGAAAAUCUAUGUCUUGGUGUGGGUUCAGAUGAAAGUAUUGACGCCAUCAUUAGAGCAACAUGUGUCCCAGGGAAGGAGAAAAUCCUCGUAUUACCACCAACGUACUCCAUGUAUUCAGUUUGUGCGGAAAUAAACGAUAUUGAAAUCGUAGAAUGUCCUUUGUUAUAUAAGAAUAAUUCAUUCCAAAUGGACACGGAGAGCGUUUUGACUGUAUUGCAAAAUGAUCCAUUGAUUAAAUUGUUGUUCAUUACAUCUCCUGGUAACCCAACGGGUGCAAGAAUCGAAACAGAAAGAAUUGAAACAGUUUUACAAAAUUGGACUGAUGGCUUAGUUGUAGUUGAUGAAGCUUACAUCGAUUUCUGUGGUGGGUCUACUGCUCCGUUAGUUACUAAAUAUCCAAAUUUAGUCACUUUGCAAACUUUAUCUAAAUCAUUCGGUUUGGCCGGUAUCAGAUUAGGAAUGACGUAUGCAUCUAAGGAUUUAGCCAAGAUAUUAAACGCUAUGAAGGCACCUUAUAAUAUUUCUCGUCUUGCCUCCGAUUUCGCUUUAAAAGCUGUUCAACAUGAUAAUUUACAAUUAAUGGAAUCAAAUGCAAAGAAAAUCAAUGACGAGAAACAUCGUCUAUUGAGGGAAUUGACCUCUUUGGAUUAUGUAGAUGAUCAGUACGUUGGUGGUUUAGACGCAAACUUCAUUAUGAUAAGAGUCAAUAAAGGUGAUAACACAUUAGCCAAGAAAUUAUAUUUAGCGUUGGCUACAGAAUCUGGUGUUGUUGUCAGAUUUAGAGGUACAGAAUUAGGUUGUUCAGGAUGUCUAAGAAUAACUGUCGGAACUCCUCCAGAAAAUGAUAAACUGAUCAAAGAAUUUAAGAAGUUAUUAGCUGAAUUAGUCAACGAAUAA